GUUGUUGCUGCAACCGAAGGAAGGUGGACUCCAACGAAAGAAAUCACGGCAGGAUUCUUGCAUCUCAACUGUUUAAUGAAAAGGCCACGGAAGCAUAAGACAUGUCGCUAUAUGAAGGUUUAGGAAUAGACAAAGAUGUUGGUGGAGCAGAUGCAAAAAGUGAUGUCUACAGCUGGCUGGUCACAGAGCUACAAACUUCUUCAGUCACAGCUUCAAGCAAAGAAAGCUUCUCUCAAUCCUCCCAGUAAGGGCAGACCACGACAGUCCAAUGCCUUGCCCCCAGUUGUUGACCUGAAAAGAAGUGGAGAUGAGCUGAGAUUUAACCAACUGACCGGAAAGAUGGAAAGAAUUUCGGGUUCUUUUAUGGGUGCUACUUCACCAUUCAUAACUGAGCCUGUGCCUUCUCUCACUGGUGUGACUGACGAAUAUGAUCCGCUAAGACCAAAUGAUUAUGAAGAAAUAAUGAAAAAAAGAAGGGAGAUAAAGGAACGGGAAAGAGAGGAGGAAAAAAGACGAGAUUUAGAAGAAAAUCGUGAUCGUGACAGACGUAAAAGGGGUCGUGACCAGAGGUAUGACGAUGAUGACAAUGAAAAAGAACUGGAUCGAGUUAGGAGGAAAAAAGAAGAGGAGGAGGAAGAAGAGUUUGAAAACCGACCCAAAAGAGGUGGAGGUGCUGCAAUUGCCCCUCCAUCAUCAUUACUUGAGGAAGUCAUCCCACCCAAAGAACCAGAGGAUAUAAUUAUGCCAGAUAGACAGAGAACACCACCCCCUGGAGCUAGUAUGGGCUUAGCUGGUUCAAUAGCGUCAAAAAUUAUGGCCAAGUAUGGGUACAAAGAGGGACAAGGCUUGGGGAAGUCAGAACAAGGGAUGAGCACUGCUCUACAGGUGGAGAAAACAAGCAAACGUGGUGGCAAGAUCAUCCACGAGAAAGACAUUCCUAAAGUUGAAGCUCCAAGGGAACCUCAACAGUUUACAAAUGUCAAUCUUCUGAAAAAUCCAUCAAAGGUUAUACUCUUGUUGAAUAUGGUUGGACCAGGUGAGGUUGAUGAAGAACUCCAGCCUGAAACUGCAGAAGAGUGCAGCAAGUAUGGGAAGGUCAUUAAGUGUGUUAUAUUUGAGCUCACAGGUGUGGCAGAUGAGGAAGCUGUGAGGAUAUUUGUGGAUUUUGAGAGAAUGGAAGCAGCUAUAAAAGCUGUGGUCGAUUUAAAUGGUCGUUUCUUUGGAGGAAGAACUGUGAGGGCCUGUUUCUACAAUUUAGACAAAUUCAGACGAUUCCAUUUAGGAGAUCCAAUAGAGUGAUUCAGUAAAAGACAAGAAUGAGAACUUGUGUGAGAGACAUUGUAACUGGUGGCAUUACCAGUCAUUGGAGGUUUGUCAAUCUUGGAACUGUGUGAAUGGUAAUUUCGUCCAUCAUUGCAUGAAGUCCCUGUGCCAGAUGUGCCGUGAGUCUGCAGACCUGCUCAGCAUUGUUGAAUUGUUCAGGAUGUGGACAUCCACGCAUGUAUAUGGGUACAGCUGAACAUAAUUAGCAUACUCAAGAUCUUGCCAUAUCUGUUCAUUAUCAAAACGAACAAUAUGAGUUAAGAUAGGUCCCAUGACCUGAUUUGAGUCUUUACCUAUAUUAAGAUGUAGUAUGUACUGCUUGGAUUGGAAGGUGCAAAGGUUAGGAUUGGUGUUCUAUAUCUCCAUUAGCAUAUCAGUGUUAAUGCUUGAUGUGCAAUGAUGAAAACUGGCUGACUUUGCUAUGGAAAUUUUGAUUUGAACAUUCAAGCAAUGAGACACAGAACUUUCACUGUACAAGGUAGAGGUGUAAUACUGUGCAUAUGGCAUACGAAAGAGCUAAUGAUAACUUGUAAACUGACUGUAAUUUAAAAUCAAAGGGAGUCUAGCUGUUUAUAGGAUUCAGCAUGGCCUUUCAAGAAACUGAAUAUUUAAAGAUGUCCGCACCCUACAUACACUAUGCUGACCUGAAUGUAUAAUAAAGAAUGGAAUGUACAUAUUUGAAUUGAUUCGAGCCAACCUGUUUAUAGGAGGCCAGAGUGGCAUUUCACAGAAUUGAGUACUACAUUAAUGCCCACAGACUGGCUGAUUCCACAAAGUUGUGUCAUGUGAUGCCUUAAAAUCUUUUUGAAGUAACUUCACACUGGAAACCCACCUUCAUAUUUCCAAUGUGUCAGAAUGAGUGUUGUUGGGAUGAAGACUGGUGGGAAACAUUGAGGUGUUGAUCUUGAAUGGGGAGUGGCAUAUUCCUUUAUUUCAUGGGGUGGCGAAAGUGUGAAGCGAGAUCUUGAGUUACUGUUACAUCAGUGAUUGAUUGUAAGGCAUCAUGUACAAUGUUACAAAUGUAUCAGUUUCUACUGUAAGGUCAUUCUGUCUGUAAUGUGACGUCAUUAUGAUGUGCUGGGAAAGGAAUGUUUGACAUCAAUAAAAUAUGCUAUCCAGUGUUUGAUGGGUCCCAAUCAUAGUUCCAUGAUUUGUGCUACAAGACUGUUCUCAGUGUAUAUCUAUGAAACCCUUGCCAACACUGUGUGAAAGUACAAUUCUGGAUAGUUGAGGUGUAUAUGAAUUAAGGGUUCUAAGAAAAUACAUCUAUAAUGUAUAUGAAA